GGCCCCUGCACCGGGAACCAGCAGAGCCUGGCGCACAGCCGCCUCUGGGACGCCGUCGUGGGCUUCCUGCACGUCUUCGCGCACAUGAUGAAGAAACUGGCCCAGGACUCCAGCCAGAUCGGGCUGCUCAAGGAGCUGCUGGACCUGCAGAAGGACAUGGUGGUCAUGCUGCUGUCCCUGUUGGAAGGCAACGUGGUGAACGGCACCAUCGCGCGGCAGAUGGUGGACAUGCUGGUGGAGUCCUCCAGCAACGUCACCAUGAUCCUCAAGUUCUUCGACAUGUUCCUCAAGCUGCGCGACAUCGUGGCCUCCGACGCCUUCCGCGACUACGUGUCCGACCCGCGCGGCCUCAUCUCCAAGAAGGACUUCCAGAAGGCCAUGGACAGCCAGAAGCAAUACGAGCCGGCCGAGGUGCAGUUCCUGCUGUCCUGCUCCGAGGCCGACGAGAACGAGAUGAUCGACGUGGAGGCCUUCGCCGGGCGCUUCCAGGAGCCGGCGCGGGACAUCGGCUUCAACGUGGCCGUGCUCCUCACCAACCUCGCCGAGCACGUUCCGCACGACCAGCGCCUGCGCACGUUCCUGGAGCAAGCCGCCAGCAUCCUGGAAUAUUUCCGCCCUUUCCUGGGCCGUAUCGAGAUCAUGGGGGCGGCGCGGCGCAUCGAGCGCCUCUACUUCGAGAUCAGCGCGGCCAACAAGGCGCAGUGGGAGAUGCCGCAGGUCAAGGAGUCCAAGCGGCAGUUCAUCUUCGACGUGGUCAACGAGGGCGGCGAGGCCGAGAAGAUGGAGCUCUUCGUGAGCUUCUGCGAGGACACCAUCUUCGAGAU